AUCGGUCAUGUGCAAGUUACUUACAACAUUUCAAAUGGCUACAGUAUAAGUCGAUUUCGUACAACAUUUUCAUUCGGACUUUUCGAAUUUUUUGAACCAUUUAUUAUUGCCUCGAACGCCCGUCGAUCACGUCUUCGACACACACGAAGUCAACGUCUGCGACCAUACUUGGUCAACGUAUUUAUUUUUCUUUGUAUUAAUUUUGAUUUUACUACUAUGUCCGAAUCAGCUCUCUCGGUGGAUACAAUAUCCACUGUCAUUUGAUAUUAACCCUAAGAGAUGGAUCAAAAAAAUCCACGACCAAGCUGUUGUAUCUCUUCUGCGUUUCCUACACCGACGGCAGUCACCUGUCAAGUACAAACAACUCAAAUGGCGUCUACAAUAAUUUCCCCACCAACCAAUAGCUAUGUGCUGACGUCUAGUAACCUGAGACCUGUUACCAACUACACCCUCGUUGCUAGUUCACAGGUACCCGUCACCCAACAGUAUGUAGUCCAGUCAAAUACUCGAACAACUAUACCUCAGUAUGUGAACACAAACAAUGUUAAGCAUAUCGUGUCGCCCAGCACUCAACAGUCAAAUGUUACUUACAUGUUGCCAUCUGGUGCUCAUAUUGUCAGGAUGAACAAUGUUGUAACCACCACUGUAGCCGGAGAACAAAAACCUAAUGCACAAUACAUUUUAACAUCAAGUACUCAAAAAACAAAUUCUAAUAUUAAAUCACCUUUAGGAACACAAUCUUCUAUAACAAGCCUUUCAAUUGACACCAAAAACAAUUCUGGGUCAAGUGUUACGGUGUCUAGAACAGUUAGUGUUACCACAUGUACAUCUCCAAUAUUUCAAAGGACUGGUGUAAAUUUUCCUAGAUUGAAUGCUACAUACUACAGCCAAAUAAAAGGCAAUGACACAACAAAAAUUUCUUUUCGACCUAAGCUGAAUGAACAAAAACCUGGCACAAGUUAUAUAUUAACAUCAAAUGAUUGGUCCCGCACUAAAAAUGUCCCCAUAUCAAGUUUACAAAAAAUUAAUACAAAUUAUAUGCAAAUACCAUUAAUUCAAAAGCCUGGGACUGUAUUAUCUACUAACACUUUAAGAUCUAAUGUUGAUACUCAGCAACAAAAAUCUCAGCAUCAAUCAAUUCGUUCAGUAAUUUUGCCAUCAAAUUACCGAACGACUGUUUCUCCACAGCAAGGCUCUGAUUGUAAAUUAGUUCUAAACUCAAUAAAUGCAACCCAAGGAAUUAAUUCAACUGAUAGUAAACCUAGCACAUCAAGUACUCCAGUUUCAAAUAUUCAACAGCACAAUACAAAUUAUAUGCAAAUUCCAAUAUCUCAAAAACCUGGAACUAUACUUACUCUUAAUAAUUCACAACCGAAUAUCGAGAAUAAUAUACGAAUUGGACAACAUCAAACUAUUCGAUCAGUUAUUUUACCAUCAAACUAUCGAGCAGCUAUGGUAUCAUCCCCACAAAGAGGUGUUGAUUAUAGAUUAAUAUUAAAACCUGUAAAUAUUCAAUCACAAGUAAUAAGAAAUUUGCCACCUCCUCGACUUCCAGGCCCACGAAAUAAUUCACCACGAAAUGCAUCCCCGCGACAAACUACACAACGACAGACAUCACCACGACAAAGUUCCCCUCGGCAAAGUUCCACACGACAAAGUUUACCAAGACAAACUUUACCGCGACAAACACCACCUCCUGUACGUCCAACUUCAUUCCCUACCCGUAUACCUUUUACUCGUCCAUCUGUAUCUAGAAUUCAUAGUGAAAUAAUUGCUAAUUCAAAAAUUUUUCCAAUUCCACUAAGUAAAAGAAAUAGCCAUUUAGUUAUUACAAAGAGAUCUAUACAAAUUUGUAUGGAUGAAAUCAAUAGUAAAUGUAAUAAAGAUAAUCCAAAUCCAGACUUAACUGAUGAAGCAAUGAUAACUGUGCAAGCUGAAGUUACUUAUAGGUUAUUUUAUUUGUUAAGGGAAUGUAAAAAAUUUCUAAUAAGAAGUCGUUCAAAUAUCUUAACUGAAGAAGCUGUAAGACAAGUAUGUGCUGAAUAUUUUGGUACAUUUUUUGGUAACAAAUUGUGGCCAUUAUUCUGUUUAAAACGAACUGAAGAUGGUUUAUAUUCUGAUAAUGAAGAAAAUAGAGUUUGGAUGAGAAAACAUAAUAAUGUUAAUCUUAUUGGGUGGUUAAAACAUCCAAAAUUUCGUAAUCCAAGUUACGUUAAAAAACGUCCUUUUGUGAAUUUGAAAAACACAAAUCCAUUAUUACCGAAAGUAGAAAAUAUUUCUGAAAAUCUAUUUGAACUUGGGUUACAUAAUCAAACAAAUCAAGAAUUCACACCUCAGACAUUUUUUCAAUCUUCAUCUAAAAGUCAAAUAACAAUUAAUAAAAUAAUUUCAAAAACACAUGAAGAUGAAUUUAGCCCAUCAUCGCAUAAGUUUAUGGACAUUCCAAUAGAAAAUGAAAUGCUUUCUACAAGUAAACAAAUACCAUCAACAAUAUUUCAGUCGCGAAAAACAGAGUAAUACAGAAUAUAAUUGUGUAUCAAAAUGUUUUAAUUUUAAUACGUAUAAAAAAUUAACUAUUGUAAUUUUAGACUCUGAUUUAUGAUGAAUAGGUUUAAGUAUAUGUGUUUUGACAUUUAAGUCAUUACUAGUGAGUUCUACAACUAUUAAGAAACGUAUAUUAUUUGAUAGUAUCAAUAAAAACCAAAUUAAUUAUUACAUACAGACAGAUAUCAUAAAUGUUUUAAGUCUAAUAAUCAUUUAAAUGUUUAAAAUAUCUACCUAGUUAAAUAGAACACAAAUAUCCAAUAUUAUUAAUAUCUAAAAAUAUUUUCACACAAACUUACUUCAUUAAUGUAAACAAUAAUAAUAUUGGUCUAUGUAUGAUGUUAGAAAUUAUUGAUCAUUGUAUUGUAUUAUUCAAAACUUCAAACAAUAAUCGCUUCUAUCUUUUAGUCCAAUCCUAGAUUUAAAUAGCUUAUAAAUACAUUAUUUCAUAUAAAUUAACAAAAACCUAUUUUUAUAUAAUAUUCAAACAAACACUUUUUUAUGAGUUUUAUUUCAAAAACUUAAACUAGAUUUUUUAAUGUCUUAUGAAAUUAGAGUUUAUACAAUGCAAUUUCAAAAUAUUGAAUAUUCUAUUGCAAUACUUAAGUGUAAAAAAAUUGUUAAAUUAUUUAAAAAAAUAUAUAUAAUAUAUUCUGUGAUUUAUUUUGUGUGGAAAUAAAAUCUAAAAAUCAAUGGUGUGCAUAUCAUAUGUUAUUGAUUUAAGAUAAAAUAACUUAAACAUAAUAUGUUUAGAGUAAGUUUUGAAAUUCGUGUCUUAUUAACUAAUUUUUAAAAUAUUAACUAGCUGAAGAUUAAUUCAAAUAAUGUUCUUUGACUCUUCUUAGAUAGAUAUACAAAUUUACUUUUACAUUUUGUUGACAAUCAAUAUGAUGUUCCAUUAAGAAAUAUAGGCAAUAUUAUUAAUAUUAUUUAUUUAUAUAAUAUUUAUUAUUAAUAUUCAAAAAUAAGUCUCAACUUAUAACCUAUGAAUAAUUGAAGGAUAUAAUUUGAAAAAUAAAUUAACAGUAUGUUUCUAUUCUAAUUAUUGAUUACUUUGACUAUGGACUACAUUUCUUAAUAAACAUUUAUCUUAUUGUUUUAUGAAAAAAUUAAUUUUUUUUUUAUUGAUUAUCUGAUUGUCUAUGCUAAUAGUUCAUUUAUGAAUUGAUUAGUUCUAAAAUUUGUUUUAUGUGAUAAAGUUAUGUUUAGUGUAAAAACAUUACAUUUCAAACAUAAUAAUGGUAUCACUGUUUUCACUACUUAACAUUAAUAAUAUUUUGUCAUUCGUUUUUUACUCUUGUUAUUCACAAAAAUACAAUUAAUAUUUUGAUUGAUAAUGUACAAUGCGAAAAGUCAUUGCCUUAAAUUAAUUUAUAGUACAAUAAUUGUGACUCAUUAUUAUUAAUUAAUAUUUAUUGAAUUGUUGUUAUUAUUUUUUUAUAUAAAACUUACAAUAUCAGUCGCAAUAGAUGUUAAUACAUUUUUAUGUUUAAGAUUUAUUAUAAUUUAAGUAUUUAAGAAUUUCAUGAUCUCCUUGUUCGUUCAUGUAAUAUCAUAAUCAUUGCCAAUUUGUUUUAUUUUCUUGGUUGUUGUAAUUAUUUUUUAUUUUUUUUAACUGUGUGAUAAUAUUAUUAUAGUGUACCUACUACAAUUUAAUGAUAAUUUAUGAAUGUAUUUGUUUAAAAUUGUGAUUACUGAUUUAUGUAUGAUUAAGAAUGUUAAUUAUUAAUAAUAAACUAUUGUGAUUACUGAUUUAUAAA